CACAUUUUGUUGUUUUACAGCCUGAAUUUAAAAUGAAUUAAAUUGAGAUUUGUUUGUCACGGGCCUAAACACAAUACCCAUCAUGUCAAAGUGGAAUUGCUUCUCAAAAUGUUUACAAAUUAAUUAAAAAUGAAAAUCUGAAAUGUCUUGAGUCAAUAAGUAUUCAACCCCUUUGUUAUGGCAAGUCUAAAUAAAAUGUGCUUAACACAUAAUAAGUUGCAUGGACUCACUCUGUGACCAAUAAUAGUGUUUAAUAGGAUUUUUUCAACCACAAAGACCAGUAAGGUUUUCCAAUGCUUUGCAAAGGGCAGCUAUUGGUAUAUGGGUAAAAAAAAAAGCAGACAUUGAAUAUCCCUUUGAGAUUGGUGAAGUUGUUAAUUAAACUUUGGAUGAUGUAUCAAUACACCCAGUCACAACAAAGACACAGGCAUCCUUCCUAACUCAGUUGCUGAAGAGAAAGGAAACUGCUCAGGGAUUUCAUCAUGAGGCCAAUGGUGACUUUAAAUCAGUUACAGAGUUUAAUGGGUGUGAUAGGAGAAAACUGAGGAUGGAGCAACAACAUUGUAGUUACUCCACAAUACUAACCUAAUUGACAGAGUGAAAAGAAGGAAGACCGUACAGAAUACAGAUAUUACAAAACAUGUAUCCUGUUUGAAACAAGGCACUAAAGUAAUACUGCAAAAAAUGUGGCAAAGCAAUUCACUUUUUGUCCUCAAUACAAGCGUUAUAUUUCGGGCAAAUCCAAUACAACACAUUACUGAGUGCCACUUUCCAUAUUUUGCAUAAUGGUGGCUGCAUUAUGUUAUGGGUAGGCUUGUAAUCAUUAAGGACUGGGGAGUUUUUCAGAACAAAAAAAUAACUGGAAUGAAGCUAAGCACACGAAAAUCCUGGUUAAGUCUACUUUUCACCAGACACUGGGAGAUUAAUUCACCUUCUACACCAGAGUCGCUUACCAAAAAUACACUGAAUGUCCCUGAAUGGCUGAGGUACAGUUUUGACUUAAAUCUAUUGUACUUGAAAAUCUAUGACAAGACCUGAAAAUGAUUGUUUAGCAAUGACCAACAACCAAUUUGACAGAGCUUGAAGAAUUUUGAAAAACAUAAUGGGCAAAUGUUGUACACUCCAGGUGUAGAAAGUUCUAAGAGACUUACCCAGAAAGAUUGACAGCUGUAGUCGCUGCCAAAGGUGCUUCUGCGAAGUAUUGACUCAGGGGUGUGAAUGCUUACAGUGGAUUCGGAAAGUAUUCAGACCCCUUGACUUUUUACACAUUUUAUUAUGUUACAGCCUUAUUCUAAAAUGGAUCACAUGUUUUUUCCCCUCUCAUCAAUCUGCAAAAUACCCCACAAUGACAAAGAAAAACAGGUUUUUAGAAAUCUUUGCAAAUUUAUUCAAAAUAAAAAACUGAAAUAUUACAUUUACAUAAGUAUUCAGAUCCUUUACUCAGUACUUUGUUGAAGCACCUUUGGCAGCGAUUACAGCCUCGAGUCUUCUUCGGUAUGACACUACAAGCUUGGCACACCAAUAUUUGAGGAGUUUCUCCCAUUCUUCUCUACAAAUCCUCUCAAGCUCUGUCAGGUUGGAUGGGCAGUGUCGCUGCAUGGCUAUUUUCAGGUCUCUCAAGAGAUGUUCCAUCGGGUUCAAGUCCAGCCUCUGGCUGGGCCACUCAAGGACAUUCAGAGACUUGUCCCGAAGUCACUCCUGCGUUGUCUUAUUGGAAAGUGAACCUUCAUCCCAGUCCUGAGUGCUCUGGGGCAGGUUUUUUAUCAAGGAUCUCUCUGUUCUUUGCUCCGUUAUUCCAGCUUCCGUUAUUCCGGCUUCUGUCUGGCCACUCUGCCAAAAAGGCCUGAUUGGUGUAGUGCUGCAGACACGGUUGUCCUUCUGGAAAGUUCUCCCAUCUCCACAGAGGAACGCUGGUGCUCUGUCAGAGUGACCAUCGGGUUCUUGGUCACCUCCCUGACCAAAGCUCUUCUCCCCAGAUUGCUCGGUUUGGCCAGGCGGCCAGCUCUAGGAAGAGUCUAGGUGGUUCCAAAUUUCUUCCAUUUAAGAAUGAUGGAUGCCGCUGUGUUCUUGGGGACCUUCAAUGCUGCAGAAAUGUUUGGUACCCUUCCCCAUAUCUGUGCCUUGACACAAUCCUGUCUCGGAGCUCUACGGACAAUUCCUUUGACCGCAUGGCUUGGUUUUUGCUCUGACAUGCACUUUCACCUGUGGGACCUUAAAUAGAUGUGUGUGUCUUUCCAAAUCAUGUCCAUUCAAUUGAAUUUACCACAGGUGGACUCCAAUCAAGUUGUAGAAACAUGUCAAGGAUGAUCCAUAGAAACAGGAUGCACCUGAACUAAAUUUCGAGUCCCAUAGCAAAAGGUCCACAAAAUGUGGAAAAAGUCAAGGGGUCUGAAUACUUUCCGAAUGACAUGUUUCAGUGUUUCAUUUUCAAUACAUUUGCAAAGACUUCUAAAAACAUGUUUUCACUUUGUCAUUAUGGGGUAUUGGGUGAGAGUUUCUUUUAAUUCAACCCAUUUUUAAUUCAGGCUGUAAGACAUCCAAAAUGUGGAAUACGUCGAGGGGUAUGAAUACUUUCUGACGGCACUGUAUGAUCAGUGUCUGUUUCAUUUUAAACGUGUGUGUUGCCCAUUCCAUGAGAAACAGAAACCUUUCAAAACAGAAACGAGUUUCAUGUCGACUUCGUUUUAAUGUUGCAGACAUGGGGCUGAAGAUAUUUGAUGAUGCACAAUUUAGUUUGCCAAAAAAUAGCAUGACUUUAACUUUAACUCUAUUCAUGAUAAUACACAAAAUCUGUAAUAUCAAUAUAAAUGUUUGGCACUCGUAAGAUAUAAGAGAAGGUGCUUAAAGUAGAUAUUUCAGGCCAUUAUAUUCUUCAUACACCAGAUAAAUGUUUUUUUCGUGACAGUGUGUCAAGUGAAUGUGUAGGUAGGUCUUUGCCAAAUAACAUAACAUUGACACGUUCUAAAAAUCACAAUCCAAAAUCUAUACACCAGUGUUUACUGUGUAAUGUCACAUGACAUUUCAGCAUAGCGUGGCUCAGAGCCAUGUAUAUAUAUAUAACUCUGGUGUGGCAGAAUACUCACUAUCAAAUGGCUGCAGCUGACAUCACAUGGACUACUGUGUCAUUGCAAAUAGACAUAUAGUACACUGAAGCCAUAUAAUAUGGUUUUGUAACAUUAUGCCCAUGUGUGUUACCGCAAUUGACAAGCCACAGAAAGAUGAAGGACAAAAACAACAAAUAGGAUGUCCAUUCCAUGGAUUUGAAUCAUCAAAUCAAAUCCAACUUUCUUUGCCACAUGCGCCGAAUACAACAAGUGUAGACUGUACCGUGAAAUGCUUACUUACAAGCCCUUAACCAACAGUGCAGAUCAAGAAGAAGAACAUAUUUUCCAAGUAGGCUAAAAUAAAAAGUAAUAAUAAAAAAGAACACAAUAAGAAUAACGAGGCUAUAUACAGGGGGCACCGGUACAGAGUCAGUGUGCAGGGGUAAAGGCUAGUUGAGGUAAUCUGUACAUGUAGGUGGGGGGGCGAAGUGACUGUGCAUAGAUAAUAAACAAACAGCGAGUAGCAGCAGUGUACAAGAGGGGGAUCAAUGUAAAUUGUCUGGUGCCGAUUUUUAUGAAUUAUUCAGCAGUCUAAUGGUUGGGGGUAGAAGCUGUUGAAGAGCCUUUUGGUCCUAGACUUGGCCCUCCGGUACCGCUUGCCAUGCGGUAGCAGAGAAAACAGUCUAUAACUUGGGUGACUGGAGUCUCUGACAAUUUUAUGGGCUUUCCUCUGACACCACCUAUUAUAUAGAUCCUGGAUGGGAGGAAGCUUGGCCCCAGUGAUGUACUGGGCCGUUCGCACUAUCCUUACGGUCAGAUGCCGAGCUGUUGCCAUACCAGGUGGUGAUGCAACCGGUCAGGAUGCUCUCGAUGGCUCUCAUGAUUCAUCCUUUUAGUGUGCCACUACAAUAAAUCACACACAUUAAGUGGGAUGAAUUGAGUGCUUGUUCAAUUAUUACUAGAUAACGUUACGGACAAAAAAGCAGUGUGUUUUUGUGUGUAUUUGUGUGUGCAGGCCGCCUGAGCAAAUGUCAGCAGGGGCCUUUUUGAGCUUUUACUGCAAUGUGCCAAUACACCACCCCCCUCAGGUGGUGAGAUUUAGUCUUGGCCGUGAAGUCUGACUAGUAAUUGAGAUGGAAAACAUUUAGUACAGUACCAAAGCACUACAAGAAAUGAAACCCCUUCAUCUUGACACCCGUUGACCUUCAGGACACACCCCUGGCACACGCCUGGGACACCCCUCCCUGGGAAUUUCCUCACAACCUUUCUCUCAAAACAAGAUGACCACAUGCAGUUCCGCUUUUAUCCGUUGGGUUUUCAGUUCAGUUGAGGCAAUGUUUGAGUUUUACUAUUACAGUGCAUUUGAGAAGUAUUCAGAACCCUUCACUUUUCCCCCAAAUAAUUUACGUUACAGCCUUAUUCUAAAAUGGAUUCAAAUAUUUUUUCCCCUCAUCAAUCUACACACAAUACCCCAUCAUGACAAAGAAAAACAGGUUUUCAGAAAUUUUUGCAAUUUUAUUUCAAAAUAAAAAACGGAAAUAUUACAUUUACAUAAGUAUUCAGAUCUUUACUCAGUACUUUGUUUGAGCACCUUUGGCAGCGAUUACAGCCGUGAGUCUUCUUGGGUAUGACACUAUAAGCUUGGCACACUUGUAUUUGGGGAGUUUCUCCUAUUCUUCUCUACAGAUCCUCUCAAGCUUUGUCAGACUGGAUGGGGAGCAUCGCUGCACAGCUAUUUUCAGGUCAAAUCCAGAGAUGUUCGAUCAGAUUCAAGUCUGAUCAGAUUCAAGUCCGAGCUCUGCGUUGUCUUGGCUGUGUGCUUAGGGUUCUUGUCCUGUUGGAAGGUGAACCUUCAGCCCAGUCUAAGGUCCUGAACGCUGUCAACUGUGGGACCUUAUAUAGGCAGGUGUGUGCCUUUCCAAAUCAUGUUCAAUCAAUUGAAUUUAUUUAAAAUAAUAAAGACAAUCGCACACUCUAUGUAUAAACUCCCAGUAAAUCCCAGUAUUGGGUAAAUCACGUUUCGGCAUCACUGUGGCUUCUUCGAGGAAUGCCUAAUAUACAAUGGAAUUGCUUAACCAAGAUGACAUUGAAUGUUCCUGAGUGGUCUAGUUACAGUUUUGACUUAAAUCAGCUUCAAAAUCUAUGGCAAGACUUGAAAACGACUGUCUAAAAACAACCAACUUGACAGUGCUGGAAGAAUGUUAAAAGAUUAAUGGUCAAGUAUUGUACAAUCCAGGUGUGCAAAGAUCUUAAGAGACUUACCCAGAAAGACUCACAGCUGUAAUCGCUGACAGUAAUUCACUUUUUGUCCUGAAUACAAAGUGUUGUGUUUGGGGCAAAUCCAAUACAACACAUUACUGAGUACCACGCUUCACAAUUUCAAGCGUAGUGGUGGCUGCAUCCAGUGGCAACAUUUUGAGCCACAAAAAAUAAAAAUAAAACUUGUGUUGUAUUGGUGUUAAAUAUAUAUUUUUGUGGGGUGGUUGCCUGUUUUGCAUGUUAUUUUGGCAUUAAUACAUGUCACAUAUCAGUUUGCAAACCAUGUAAAAAAAUAUAUAUAAUUGAGGUCAUAAAGCCCCAUACAAACAUUUUGCAUACCACUGCUGGCUUGCUUCUGAAGCUAAGCAGGGUUGGUCCUGGUCAGUCCCUGGAUGGGAGACCAGAUGCUGCUGGAAGUGGUGUUGGAGGGCCAGUAGGAGGCACUCUUUCCUCUGGUCUAAAAGAAAUAUCCCAAUGCCCCAGGGCAGUGAUUGGGGACACUGCCCUGUGUAGGGUGCUGUCUUUCGGAUGGGACGUUAAACGGGUGUCCUGACUCUCUGAGGUCAUUAAAGAUCCCAUGGCACUUAUCGUAAGAGUAGGGGUGUUAACCCCGGUGUCCUGGCUAAAUUCCCAAUCUGGCCCUCAAACCAUCAUGGUCACCUAAUAAUCCCCAGUUUACAAUUGGCUCAUUCAUCCCCCUCCUCUCCCCUGUAACUAUUCCCCAGGUCGUUGCUGCAAAUGAGAACGUGUUCUCAGUCAACUUACCUGGUAAAAUAACGGUAAAAUAAAAAAUAAAUAAAUAAAUAAAAUUCUUGAAUAAGGCACAGCUCCAAAAUGCAGGUGUUUCAGCCUAGCUCAGUGCUUUCUGUGGUGGUGUGGCAGCCAGUGGAAAAUACGGAGCAUAGGGGUUGGUAAUGUUCUCCAGUUGUGCUGUGAUUGGCUCAGUGUUCUGUCACUCAUGGGAACACUACGUCACCGCCAAAUCUAAGGGGAGAGCUCGAAAAUUCAAGCCCCUUGGGUGCUACCAUAGAGUUACAUUAGAAGUGCCCAUCCAAGAAGUCUCAAGGUUAUUGGCCACAGAUAAAAUGACGUCAAAUCACAUUAUAUGUACAGUUGCUUUUAUUGGACUGAUCAUGUCAACAUCAUACCUUCAAAAUCUUAGCUAGCAGUCAAUAUCAUGAAUCAAGUCGACAAUCUACUGGCAAAUCCUUUUUAAUCCUUGUCAUAUGAAAAUAAAUAAUGAAAAGAAAUCAAAGAUAAAACGUAUCGGUGCUCAUCGUCCAUUGGACAUAAACAUUACACAACAAGUUGGAAAUCGCAAAUUCAGUCUGCUUUCCUCCAGACACUGGGAGAUGAAUUCUCCUUUCAGCAGAACAAGAACCUAAAACACAAGGACAAAUCUACACUGUAGUUUCUUACCGAGAAGACAGUGAAUGUUCCUGAGAGGCCGGGUUAAGGUUUUGACUUAAAUCUACUUGAAAGUCUACGGCAAGACCUGAAAAUGGUUGUUUAGCAAUGGUCAACCACCAAUUUGACAGAGCUUGAAGAAUUUUGAAAAGAAUGAUGGGCGAAUGUUGCACAAUCCAGGUGUGGAAAUCUCUUAGAGACUUACCCAGAAAGACUCACAGAUGUAAUCGUUGCCAAAGGUUCUUCUAGAAAGUAUUGACUCAGGGGUGUGAAUACUUAUGUAAAUAAGAUAUUUCUGUAUUUCAUUGUCAAUACAUUUUCUAACCUGCUAGAUUUGGAAUAUUCAGAUCAUCAUAAGUUGAGAACCUGAUGAACAUCACAUCUCCCUAAGCAGCACAGCACUGUUCAUUUAGAUUUGUGGGCUGACAUGGUGUUUAUCAUUAUACAUUAGAACAUUAUACAGUCCAUCACUGAAGUCAAUCAUGGCAUUCAAAGGGCAUUCGAUCCAACAAAUGACAGUCAGCCAUCUCGGUUGUCCGUCUCAUGGAGCGGGCCCCAUUUCAGUUAGGGAGCGUACUGUAACACACCAAGUACCAGUGCAGAGGCGGUGACAUUUGAGAGGGAGGGUGAACGUUGUUCCCGGCCCUGGAGCAAAAGGGAGCGAAAGGACGGGAGGGGCCAGGCGCAGAUUGAAUUUCAACAGGACAGCAUUCCCCCCCAAAAAAUGUAAGACAGAUAACAUAAGAGAGAGAAGAGGGAAGGACAGAAUUGUGAGUAUUGAACAGCAAACAGGUAGAAACGUAAUUCGUGAACCGGUCAAGGAGGUGAGAGACAAGAGUGGACAAGUACUGGAGGAGUGUCCAUCAAGGAGUGUCUCAGGGUUGGGGACAACUGUAGAAGACCACGUGUUGGACGGACAUGGUGACAGACCGAAAGAUUCAUGGGAGAAAAACAAUGUGACUUUCCAUCCUGCAAUUAGUCUCCGUUAGCGGCUGCUAUUCACUCAGUGAGUGACUCUCUACAUCUGGCUAACUGUGUGCUAUCAAUUGCUCGUUAGUCAUUAUACCUCACGUUUAUAGUGCAUUGUCGUUACUGUUCUGUCUCAAACAAUUAUUUUAUGCAUGAAAGGUGUUGCAUAACCCUGACCAAUGAAAUGUGUGAAAGAAAUGAAGAGUAUACCAUACAAACAUGUUUGGAUUAUUUGGACAUAGUGUACCUUAGACAUAAAUACACAUAGUUUGAAGAUGAUUUCGUACAGUACAGGCCUUUGUACAUUUACAUGUCUGACAGAGAACUCAACAGUAACAAAGACGUUCGACAUGACUGCUUCCUCUUGCAUAUUUACAGCUUACAUCCUGCAACUAAUAAUGACUAUAUCAUAUGUGUAGUGAUAAUGCCUCUAUUCCCACACUGAUUCAAUUCCCACUCUGGUUUCAGACCCACAUCCUCUUUAAGUCCAGACUGUCCUUACUACACACAAAGGAGAAAGGGCCUGGAUUGUGGACUAGGCCAAUAAAGGCAGGGAUGGAAAACAACGACCCAGAAGGAGGUGGAGAAGGACGAAGGAGAGACAUAGAAGAAGGAGAGAAAGACAAACAGCUGAAGAACCAACUCAACAGCGAGGAGAAGGGCGAGAAAGAGAACCAGGUGGGCGGUGAGAAGGAGAGGAAGCGGGUGAGCCGGCGGUCUGGAUCACUGUGGAGGAGCGGCUGGGCGCCGAGCGAACGUCUUGCUAUCAACGUCUCAGGGAUGCGCUAUGAGACCCAGCUCCGCACCUUGGCCCAGUUCCCAGACUCCAUGCUGGGCGACCCCAGACGGCGGCUUCGCUACUUCGACCCAUUGCGCAAUGAGCUCUUCUUGGACCGCAACCGGGCCUGUUUUGACGCCAUCCUCUACUUCUACCAGUCGGGCGGGCGGCUCCGGCGGCCCGCCAACGUGCCCCUGGACAUUUUCAUUGACGAGCUGUGUUUCUAUGAGCUGGGAGAGGAGAUCAUGGCACGCUUCAAGGAGGAUGAGGGUUUCCCCAAGGAGGAAGCCCCAUCGCUGCCCGUCAACGAGGUCCAGCGGAGUCUGUGGAUGCUUUUCGAGCAUCCGGAGUCGUCAUCGGGCGCGCGCAUCAUCGCCAUCGUCAGCGUCAUGGUGAUCGUGGUGUCCAUCCUCAUCUUUUGCCUAGAGACGCUGCCUGACUUCAGGAGCGAGAAGGAGCUUCGUGAGGAGUACUUCUACAAGUACCAUGCCCACGACAAGAACAUCUCUGUGCACAUGCUUCCCCCCGCCAGUGUCUUCCAGGAUCCCUUCUUCCUGGUGGAGACUAUAUGUAUCUGCUGGUUCUCUUUUGAGCUGUUCAUGCGGUUCAUCUGCUCGCCCAGCAAGAUGCACUUUUUCAAGGACGUGAUGAACAUCAUCGACUUCACAGCCAUCCUGCCCUUCUUCGUGACACUGAUCACUGAGCUGUCCAAGGACACGGAGAACGCACCGGGAAUGUCACUGGCCAUCAUCCGUGUAAUCCGGUUAGUCAGAGUGUUCAGGAUCUUCAAGCUGUCCCGCCACUCCAAGGGCCUGCAGAUCCUGGGCCAGACGCUGAGGGCCAGCAUGCGUGAGCUAGGCCUACUCAUCUUUUUCCUCUUCAUCGGCGUCAUCAUCUUCGCCAGCGCCAUCUUCUUCGCCGAGGCCGACCACAAGGACACAGCGUUCGUCAGCAUCCCUGGCGCCUUCUGGUGGGCUGUGGUUACCAUGACCACCGUGGGCUACGGUGACAUGUACCCGGAGACGGUGUGGGGCAAGCUGAUUGGCUCUAUGUGCGCCAUCGCCGGCGUGCUUACCAUCUCGCUGCCCGUGCCCGUCAUCGUGUCCAACUUCAGCUACUUCUACCACCGCGAGACGGAGUGCGAGGACCAAACCCAGUACACACACGUCAAGACCUCGCUGUGGGAGGACGAGGAGCACGAGGAGGGGGAGGAAGGGGAGGAAGAAGGGGCCGGAGAAGGUGAUUACAAUGCCAUAGAGGGCAUCUGCAACCCUCUGAAUAGGACUCUGUUGGGGGGGCUGUGCGCUGGGCAGAGCAGGGAGUCAAGUGGGGCAAAGAUGUACCUCAGGGAACCCCUGGUAACUCAGGUGUGACAACAGGAUGUGAUAACAGGAUGACCCUCAGUUGUGAUCCCGUCACAAAAAGAGAGAGAAACAAAAGAGUGAAAAAAUAGCUAUUGAAAAAGAGGGAUUACAAAUGUUUAAGACAACUGAAUGGCAAACUGUCACUGGGCUAUAGCGUGAAAGCAGCAAUACGUGUAGGAGAAAAACAUACAAAAACAUACAUGCCUGUUUAACACUACAUUCACCAGGGGAGGCAUUAAACAAUUGACUGGUGUAGGAACAUACAACUACACUACCGCAAAUUGCUUGCCAGAAAAAUAAAGGAGAAUGAGUGACAUGCUUAUUGCUUUCCAUGGUCAUGCUAUUUAUUAUUUAAGCUAUGAGUUGUAAAUUGUUCAUUGUAAUAUUAGCUUGUGUGUUCUUUUAAAGAGUUGAAUCUUCCUUGUCAUUUUAGUGCUGUCAAUAUAAAACCAUGGUGUCUUCACAUCUUUAAUUUAAUCUAGAGGAUACAGUUUGUAAAAUGUAUUUUGUUUUAAUUUAUUCAGAUGUACUAUGAGAGAGCGCCUUUCAGGCUGAAUAAGCAAAUGUUGGUCGACACAGACAAGGAGCAACUAUGAGAUAGAUAUAGAGCACAAUGUUACUCAGUCACAGCUUCUCCGUCCAAUGACGCAUGUGCUAAUGCUAAUAGAUAACAGGUUUUACAUGCCACUUCAACAUUCUCAAUCGGACUACAGCUACAGCAUGCUUGUGAGGAUGUGUGACUUCUUCUCAAGUUUAUACUUCAGAGCCAAUAUUUCCUGAUGGCUGGAGCUACAUAAAUGUAGCAACAUUCUGGUUCCUAUUACUGUAUCGUCUGAUCUCUGAUCAGAUCGCCGAACGUAUUGUUACCAAUUUAUAGGGAAGGAGCUUGGAGGUCGUUUAUCUCAGGGUGACUUGGUGUGAAAGGCCUAUAUUUGUGUAUGUGUUGUUUUUAAUAAAGAUUCGAUUUUGUACAUUUU